AUGGCGGCCUCUCUCCAAAGAAUUUGUGGCCGCGGCUGCCGCAACAUUGGCGCAAGUCUCUCCCCUAUCUCCCGACAGUUUUCGUCCUCAGCUUCCGAUGCCCUGGUGGAGACGAAGCCCGGCGAGAUCGGCAUGGUCUCCGGUAUUCCUCAUGAGCAGCUUCGCCGGAGGGUUGUAAUUUACUCCCCUGCUAGAACUGCAACUCAACAAGGAUCCGGGAAACUUGGGAAGUGGAAAAUCAACUUUGUGUCUACUCAAAAGUGGGAAAACCCGUUGAUGGGUUGGACGUCCACAGGUGACCCAUACGCUAAUGUUGGGGAUUCUGCACUUAGCUUCGAAAGUGAAGCAGCUGCCAAGGAUUUUGCUGCAAGACAUGGUUGGGACUAUGUGGUAAAAAAGUACCAAACUCCACUUCUGAAGCCGAAGUCAUACGCUGACAACUUCAAGUUCAAGGGCUUGCCAGAAGCUGAGGGAAAAUAA